AUGACGAGAUUGCAACUACUAGUGGCGCUCAUCUUAUCGGCGCUGGCCGCGGUGGCGUCAGCAGCGUCUGCACCCACGUUUUGCAAAUGCACCUGCUUCAAGAAUAGCACCAUCAUCCCUCUUGGGCCCGCGAGCCAGCUCAAAACCCCCUCGUCGUCGCCCUCCCUCCUGCUACGAUCCUUCUUCUCCGUCCCGGACGCCGCUCACGUCUCCGACGAACCCCGUGCCCAGGCGGCAUCCAGCCACAGCCAGGACCGUCGGUCGGCAUCCACGUCAUGCUCCGAGUGCACAAAGGCUUUCUGCCUUAGCCAGGGCAUCGCCUUCUGCAAAGAUGCCAAGGAGGAAAAUGUCGUCACCAUGUGCUUCCAGCGGGACAGCAACAAGGACAAAUUCAUAGUCUGGGGCUUCAUUCUGGGGACGGUAGGGCUUCUCGGGUGGGCGACUUUCAAGCGUGUCGUCGAAUGGCGCGAAGGCCGGGCCAUGGAUCGCCAGGGCUUCAGCUACUCAUCUGUGGCGGGCAAUCGAUAG